UGCCGUUUUAUGAAGCGGAGAGCGUCGAGAGACGUGGGAGAAGGAAUGCAGCUCUUCUCCUUCCCCAAAUCCCAAUUCCCUCGCUUUCCCCCAUCCUCUCCAAAUCCUAACCCUAACCCUAAUCUCCCAAUUUCUCUUACCAAGAUCUCGAUCAGGGCCUUCUCCUCCCUUCUCUUCCUCAAGAACCCUCCUUCCUCCUCCAAGGCCUCCUCUCCGCCCCCUGUCCAAGAACACCUCCGCUGCUCUGAAUCCGAUGAAGAGAACGAAGAAGAGGAUGAGGAGGAAAGAGAAGGGGAUCAGAAAGCUUCGGAGCAAUUUCUUGCGGUAAGACGGCCGGUGAAGGAGGUAUCGGAGGAGACCGUUGGUUCUCUGACGGAAGCUUAUGCGAAGAGUGAGGGUGAGGAGAAGUUUUGGUCUUCUUCUAAGAUUGAUGAGGGCCUUACGGAGUUUGCUAAGAAGAUUCCUAUUUUUGAGCCGGAGAGGGUUGGCGUUGCGCCGAAGGAGAGACCGCUUGCGAUCAACUUGGAGCUGGGGCUUUAUCGAGCGAAGGUGCUCACCAGGAAUUUUCGGUUCAAAGAAGCUGAGGAGAUUCUCCUCAAGUGUAUCUCGUUUUGGCCUGAAGAUGGACGGCCAUAUGUGGCCCUUGGGAAGCUUUUAAUUAAACAAUCAAAAUUUUCUGAAGCUAGAGCCGUGUAUGAAAGAGGCUGCCAAGCAACACAAGGCGAAAACUCAUAUAUCUGGCAGUGCUGGGCUGUCCUGGAAAAUAAGGUUGGAAAUAUCCGAAGGGCAAGAGAACUCUUUGAUGCUGCUACUGUAGCUGAUAAGAGACAUAUUGCUGCUUGGCAUGGAUGGGCAGUUCUGGAGAUAGAGCAAGGAAAUAUUAAGAAGGCUAGGAAUCUUCUUGCAAAAGGACUUAAAUAUUGUGGUGGAAAUGAGUACGUAUACCAAACACUUGCUUUACUUGAAGCUAGAGGAAAGCGUUUCAAGCAGGCUCGCUACUUGUUCCGACAAGCGACUAAAUGCAACCCAAAAAGCUGUGCUAGUUGGCUUGCAUGGGCGCAAGUAGAAAUGCAACAACAGAACAACCGCAUAGCUAGGCAGCUUUUUGAGAGAGCAGUCCAGGCUAGUCCAAAAAACAGAUUUGCCUGGCAUAUCUGGGCAUUAUUUGAGGCUAGUCAGGGUGACAUUAACAAAGGAAGGAAACUUCUUAAGAUUGGCCAUGCAGUAAAUCCUAGGGAUCCUGUCAUCCUUCAGUCUCUCGCCUUGCUGGAAUACAAGCAUUCAUCUGCAAAUGUUGCUCGUGUAUUGUUUAGAAGAGCAUCUGAGUUAGACCCAGGACACCAACCAGUAUGGGUUGCUUGGGGAUGGAUGGAGUGGAAGGAAGGAAACAUAAACACUGCACGGGAACUCUACCGAAGGGCUCUAUCAAUUGAUUCAACAAGUGAAAGUGCUGCUCGUUGCCUUCAGGCUUGGGGUGUCCUAGAGCAGAGGAUGGGUAAUCUAUCAGUUGCUAAACGGUUGUUCAGAUCUUCACUGAACAUAAAUUCUCAAAGUUAUAUCACAUGGAUGACUUGGGCAUCAUUAGAGGAGGAGCAAGGUAAUCCUGUUCGAGCGGAAGAAAUUCGGAACCUUUAUUUUCAGCAGCGUACAGAAGUGGUGGAUGAUGCUUCAUGGGUUAUGGGUUUUCUUGACGUCAUAGAUCCUGCUCUCAAUAGCAUAAAGCGACUCUUAAACUUAUAUCAGACCUCCAAUUUAAAGGGGCAGGAGAUCUUGAGAACCCUGGAAGAAACAAAUAACAGCACCACUGAAGCUUCGGAUGCUACCGUCGUUAAUGGUAAUGAUGAGGGAAGUGAAGAUAAUGCCAGUCUUCGAGCAAGCGACUUUGAUUUGGAUGCUUUCAUCAGAGAUAAAUUGUCUCUUGAUGUAUCAGCACUGGAUGAACUCUUGGAAAAUUUUCAACCCAGAAGAAAUAAGUCUUCGAGAAGAAUAUGGAGAUCAGGACAGAAAAAUGUUUUGACUCAGCCUUGAUCCUUAGCUUCCAGGUUAUAUACUUCUGUAGGGAGAAAUAUUGGCUACUGACAAUUGCUUGAGCGCACAUAUUUCUAUCCAGUGUCUCGGCUAUUUUCAAGAUGACAACGGUAGGCAUAUUCUGGUGGAAUUACAAUCUAUUGGAUUAUAUAGCAGAUGUGUUAUGUAUUAUAGUCGUGAUGUUUGGAUAAUUUUGUCGCACUGGUGCAAUUAUUUAUCAGAGGUAUUAUAGUCAUGAUUGGUAGAUAAUUUUAUGCGCAUUGACGGUC